GUUUGUUUACUCCAACAACUCCUUGCAACGAAUCCAUGUUUGCAAAUUGCGUUCACCUGAAUCGACUGGUUUAAGAGGAAACAGUGUGGCAAUAGCGUUCAUGUCACAUGGCUGUAUUUACGGUGCAAUGGUAAUGUGAGUUGGUGCGCGAAUGACAAAUUUUGAAACAUAUUUCUGAAGUUAAGACAGAGGAUUCAGUGGAUAGUGUUCGGAGACGAAAAGUACUAUAUUAUGCAAAUGGAUGCCAGGGCUGAGAAGGUGGGCUCAACACCUAAAGUUGACCGAAAUCACCUGCCUGAAGUUGAGAAGCACAAACUUCAAGCAGUGAUUCUUUGUAUAAUGAACUGUCUUAGUGGCUGGUGAAUAAAAACUGACAAUUAAAAGAGUGGUGAUUACUGUGUUUUUGCUAUAUUUAAUUCAUGUGUACUGACAGGUUCAUUUUAUGAUGCAUUCAUUAUGGUUAAUCACUUUCUACUGUGUGAUACAAUCCUUCAGUGGAUUAGGAGAAUCAACCAUUGUUGUUCAUUAUGAAGAAUAUGCUAUUCAAGAAUUUUCUGAUACUGAGUUACCUUUUGCAGCACCUAUUCCUUUGGCUGGUAUAAAGGGUGUAAUAAUAAAUGCUGAUCCACCUGAUGCCUGUAGUAACAUAACAUCGCCUCCAAAUUUAAAUAAUUCCCUAAACUGGUUUGUGUUAAUUGCUGGAAGUUCAUGUGAUUAUGAAACCAAGUUGGUUUAUUCUGAAUUAGCUGGUUAUUCAGCAGCUGUAAUAUACAAUGUAAUAGGUCAGUGGCAUGGAAUGUAUACAUCACGCAGUAGAUACCUAGCUUCUAAUCCAAAUAUAUCUGCUGUUUCCAUUCCAUACACAAGUGGUAUCAAGAUAAAGGAGAGCUAUUUGUUUACUGUCAGUAGUAGGUUUUCAGUCAUGCUGACAUCCAACUUCGCAUAUUCAAAAUGGUCUUCAACUCUCCAGAAGUAUCACUUGCUGUUCAUCUGCACUGCAUUCCUAAUUUUCUCUUUUGCUGUACCUUUAGGUAUCAUUAAAUUUGUGCAGCAAGUCCGAUCUCUCCACAUCAACAGACUUAGCUCUAGGCACUUAAGGCAACUUCAGACAACAGUGUUUCAAAAAGGUGAUCCAUAUGAAACUUGUGCAGUAUGUUUAGAAGAUUAUAAAGACAAAGAUGAGCUCCGAAUCCUUCCAUGUUUGCACGGUUAUCAUGCUAGGUGUAUUGAUCCAUGGCUGUUAAAUAAUAGAUGCAUUUGCCCUGUGUGCAAACAGAAAGUUGUUCUGAGCAGCAAUACUGCCACAAAUGAAUUUGAAUGUGAUACAGAGGGUAGAACUGCAGCAACACCACUUCUCAGUAGCAGAAAUGGAAGGCAUGCGGCCCAUGGGACAUUCAGUACAAGCCCAAUAUGAGUAAUGAAUUGAUAUCAGAGAAGUUACUGGGAAUUUUUUGUCUUGAAAAUAUCUCAUAAGGUUGUGCUUCUGUUUACUUUGAGAGGACUUACGAAUCUGCGCGUUUUUAAAAUGAAUGAAUGUUUCCUCAGUACAGGAAACAGUCUGCAUCUGUGUUUCUCUGUCACAUAAAAAUUAAUACGAGUUUGUUAAUGUAACAGGUUUGCAUGCAGACUUCUUCAACAUCUAAUUCAUUGUUUUAAGUGAAACUAUAUAGUGAAAAAAAGAAUGAAAAUUCGUUAUGAUUUUAAUAUGUGAUUUACUUUCAUUUUUACUUAUGUUUGAAAUUAAAAGUUUCAUAUGUAUGAAAUAAUGCACUCAUGAUGGCUGUUUUCAUGUAAUUUUACUUUUUUGAUUUGUGUCAUGCAUAAAAAUGUGGUGUUGGGCAUCUUCAGAGAAAGUGACAUAUAAGAUUUGGAUGUAAUUACACCAAUUGGUUCUUUCAGUUUCGUGUAUUUUAUUAACAAUGUGUUUUGAUGUUUUAUACUGUGAUAGGCAAAUUUUGUCUAAAAUUUAGUUAAAAUUACUUUUUGGCUACUGACUGAAAUUGAAAUUUAUAUUUUAUAUUUUGUAUGCUUUUUACUCUUUAGUGAAUUCUGAAGGCAUAUCCUAAUAUGGAUUUUAAUUGUAGUUAGGUGUGUAAAAUAUAGUGCAAUUAUUGUUGCAGUCUUUUUUGUAUCUAAUGAGUAAUUAGAUAUGUAAAUUGUAUACUGUGCAUUCAGUAUGUUAGAGCUUUUUCUAUUAAAAAAAUUGGCAUUUUAGUUAAAGCAUUUAUUUUUUUAUGAUUACACCUGCAAAGAAUAAAAAUAGAAAAUUGCCAUCAUGAGCAGAUGUUGUAAUACAUCUACCACUUAGCCAUAUCAAUUUACAAAGUUAUAGAUGGUGCUUAAUUACAAUCUAGCUUAUUUUUCUUCAGCAAAUCUUAAAGUAGGUACGCUAAUAGAUUUUCGCUACAUUUUGAAGUGUAAUCUUUCUAACGGUUCGCUGAAAAUAUCAACCACUUGUAUUUUUAUGUUUGUGUGCUUUAUUAAUAAAGUCCAAUUAGAUAACAGUC